UCUUCUCUUCAGCCUCUUCUUCUGCCUCUCAGUUCCUCUUUUUCACUAUUGAGUAGUUCAGUUCAGAAAUCAGAUUCGCUUUCCACACUUCAAAUCACCAGCAACAAAUCAACACCGGAAGCUCAAAACAUGGCCAAGAUAAAGACCAACCGUGUCAGAUAUCCAAAUGGCUGGGAGCUGAUUGAGCCCACUCUACGUGAAUUGGAAGCAAAGAUGAGAGACGCUGAAAAUGACCCACAUGAUGGAAAGAGAAAGUGUGAAGCAUUAUGGCCCAUUUUUAAUAUCGCACAUCAGAAGAGUAGAUAUAUCUAUGAUCUUUUCUACAGAAGGAAGGAAAUUUCCAAGGAGCUGUAUGAGUUCUGUUUGGACCAAGGGUACGCUGAUCGCAACCUAAUUGCCAAGUGGAAGAAGUCGGGAUAUGAACGCCUAUGCUGCCUGCAAUGCAUUCAGCCACGGGACCACAACUUCGGCACCACUUGCGUAUGUAGAGUUCCCAAGCACCUGAGGGAUGAAAAGGUCAUUGAAUGUGUACAUUGCGGAUGCAAUGGUUGUGCCAGUGGUGACUGAUUCCUACUGUUUGUAUUAAUCAAAGCCGUAAUUUUAGUAUUCAGGUUGAGGACAAUAUUUUCACUUGUUGAGUUAUAGACUCCACAGAGAUAGCCGACUAUCUUUUGUUUUGCAUCAAAACGGAAGAAGAUUAGCUCGACCGGUUAGAAUGGUUCUUGACCAGAGUUUGCUAUAUGUUCUCCGUGUAUUUCUUGGAAGAAAUUCUGGAAGACCCAACUCUCUCCUAGAAUCCUCCACUUCUUGCGGAAAUGUAUCCAAGGUUUGACUAAACUCUCUAGUAAGUUCUAACUCACAGCUUCAACGAAUUCAAGACAACAGUUACAAAAGCUGGGGUGGAUUACCGGAUCUGUUUCUGAAAUUGAACUUUGAUGGCGUUUCAAAAAAUGCAUCAUGAUUUUUUUUUUC